UGCUUAGUCUCAAUUAUGUGUCUAAGGAUGACGAACGUGCUGACGGGUCUACUCAGUUUUUUCUUAAUCACGGCUGUCAUCCAGGUCUCAGCCGAGGAUGCAUUCACUAUUUUCCUCGAUGGUGGCAAAGAGUUCAGCGCCAUAAAAGCAGACGUGGACGCAAUUCGUAUUUCCGGAAAUAAAUUCAAUACAGACUUGUCAAAUAGAUUAAACGAAAUCGAAAGCUCAAUUGAAAAGUUGACUGGGAUGAUACAGAAUUUGGCCAAGAACAUGGAAUCUUUGAAGGGUGCUCGUAACUGUAAGAUCUCAAUUAGCGAUAAAAACCGAACACAUAAACUUUAACUGGAAGGAAAGUAAAUUUUUUCUGGGCGAUAACCGUUCCGCGCUCAAUUUCUAAGCUUUAGUAUAAUAAUUUAAAUAGCUUGGAAAAGCUUAUUAUCGAUAAUAAAUUCUUCACAGUAACUUUUUAAUAAAUUGGAAUAUUUUAGUUAAAAAUACCAUUAUGUUUACCGAUAAUUUCGCAUGCCUUUUCAAUGAAUACAAUAUAUGGAAAUUGUAGCGAUAAUAAUAAAUAAGUUGAAUGGAGGCGUGUUAUCACUUUAUACAGACGUAAUUCUUAUGAAGUUGUUAUGAGAACUCGAGGAAUUUGCAACAGUAAAAAAAAUAUCAGAAAUAAAUUAACACUAGCGAUGAAAA